UUCAGUGCGCAUGCCUACGGGACUGACUACGACCGCCGUUACGUUACCCUAGCCCCAAGAGCACAAUGUCCAAGAGCAAAGGUUGCACCGGCCCUGGUUAUAGAUCGCCAAAAGUAGCGAUGCACGAGGGUCCUCGCGAGAAACUCAUGUACGUAACCUGCAUUCACACGGAUCCAGAUAAGUCCGACGUGCUGUGCACCGUUAACGUGGACCCCUCAAGCGUCGAUUACUGCAAGAUUGUUCAUAAAUUGCGGAUGCCGCACGUCGGUGACGAACUGCAUCACUCCGGCUGGAACAUUUGCAGCAGUUGCCACGGUAAACAACGAAAACGAGAUACUUUGGUGCUUCCCUGUUUAGUAUCCGAUCGUGUUUAUUUCGUGGACACAAGCGAGCAACGGACACCGUCCAUCAAAAAGAUAUUGACCCCAGCGGAGGUGAAUCGACACGGGGUAUCGACUUUGCACACCAGUCACUGUGCGCCCAACGGCGAAAUUUUGAUCUCUGUGAUGGGCAAACCGAACGACGACGCGGUUGGUGAUUUCCUUCGCGUCGAUGCCGAAACGCUCGAGGUGAAAGGCACGUGGACCACGGGAGAGAAAAGAGCCGCUUUCGGUUACGAUUUCUGGUAUCAACCGUAUCACGAUGUACUCAUCGCGACCGAAUGGGCUACACCGAGAGUCUUCAAAAGGGGCUUCAAAAGCGUCGACGUCACUGAUCCUGCGAUAUACGGCAGGAGCUUGAAUUUCUACUCGUGGACCGAAAGAAAGUUGAAGCAAGUUGUGAAUUUGGGCAACGACGGAAUUGCGCCGCUCGAAGUACGAUUUCUCCACGAUCCGAAAGCUAGCGUGGGUUUCGUUGGUUGUGCGGUUUCUUCCAACGUGUACAAGUUUUACAAAACACCGAACGGCGAAUGGGCUGCGAGAAAAGUCGUUCAAAUCCCCCCCAAACAAGUCGAAGGUUGGAUCGCACCGCAAAUGUCAGGAAUGAUUACAGAUAUUUUGAUCAGUCUGGAUGACAAGUACCUUUAUCUGUCCAACUGGCUUCACGGAGACGUUAGACAAUACGACAUUUCCGACACGGAUAAUCCAAAAUUAACCGGGCAAAUUUUUCUGGGUGGCUCGAUUCUAAGCGACUCGAAGGUCCGCGUGAUUCGAGACGAGGAACUGACUAGCCAGCCAAGUCCAGUUUACGUGAAAGGUCGUCGACUUGAUGGAUCUGCGCAGAUGCUUCAAUUGAGCCUGGAUGGAACGCGCCUAUACGUCACCACUUCCAUCUUCAAACCGUGGGAUCGACAAUUUUACCCCGAUCACUUCAAAAGCGGCUCGACGAUGCUCAAGAUAGACGUCGAUGUUCGAAACGGUGGUUUAAAGCUCGACGAUGAAUUUUUGAUAGACUUUGGCGGGGACAGAAACGACGUACUACUCGCCCACGAAAUGCGUUACCCAGGCGGCGAUUGUUCAUCAGAUAUAUGGCUAUCGGAAGAUUGAUUCGUCGUCGAUCGAGCGUCUAUCUUUUUUC